ACGAAACUAGCGUUUCUCCUCUCGUUUUCCUUCCUUGUGAUUGUCCCAGCUGGUUGUUAUAAUAGAAAGUUGGUCCGCACAACAGAUCACCUUUUGCUCUGUGGCUUUUCGGUGUACGGCCGUGUUGCUAGACUCACCAGUAACCCUGUUAAUAAUAACAGCUUGAGCAAGGUAUAAGGUCAUACGCUAAUUUGUCCUACUCUUUUCCUCGCUGCCGUCGUACGGGCACAUAUUUUUACUCUAUUUAUAUAGAGCUCACAAGGUGCUACCGUAUACAUACACUCAAACCCCCUCUCUCCCCGAGUGUCGAUACAUUCACAUCAUAUCUCAGAAUGAAGCUACUACCGCUCUUUACGGCCUUGAGCGCCGUUGUGCUUCCGGCUGCUCUGGUUUCCUGCCAGAAGCUUCCCCUCUCAACCUCGUCGCGAUGGAUUCUAGACGCCGACGGCCAGCGCGUCAAGUUGCGGUGUAUUAACUGGGCGGGCCACCAAGAGGUUAACAUCCCUGAGGGUCUGAACAAGCAAUCUGUCGACUACAUCGCCGACUUCAUUCAGCAACAGGGCUUCAACUGUGUGCGUCUAACGUACUCUAUCGACCAUGCUCUCAACCCGGAUGUCCUCAUUUCGGACUCGUUUGUGGCUGCUGCCGGCGCUGCAAACGUAUCCACUGAGGAUAUGAACAACAUGUACUCCCAGAUUGCCGAGAAGAACUCAUUCGUCAACGGCGCUACCACCCGUGCGGCUUAUGAGGCUGUUAUUGCGGCGCUUUGGAAGAGGGGUGUUAUGACUAUCCUGGAUAACCAUGUCAGCAAGGCGAGCUGGUGCUGUGGCAUCGACGAUGGCAAUGGAUGGUGGGAUGAAGGGUUCGGCUACAAUGAUAUGAACAGCCGAUACUUCAAGACACAGGAAUGGCUAGAUGGACUUGAGAAGAUCGCGACGUGGUCGAUCUCGCAACCGGGCGUCAUCGGAAUGGGUCUACGCAACGAGAUCCGCGAAUGGCUCUUACAAGGCACUAACGGGCGUGAGGACUGGUACAACUUCCUAACGCAAGCCGCAACACGCGUACACACCGCCAACCCAGAACUCCUGAUCAUCAUGGGCGGUACCCAGAGCGCGACUGAUCUAACGCACAUCCGAGUCAACAAGACCAUCGACUGGAGCGCGUGGCAGGGCAAGCACGUAUGGGAGUGGCACGCAUACUCCUUCACCGUAACCUUCGCCAUAGCCUCCGGAAACUGUGACCUACUAAAGCAGACCUACGGUCUAUUCGACGGCUUCGUUCUCGAGCAGGACAAAGACUACACUGCGCCGCUCAUCCUAUCCGAGUUCGGCUUCGGCAUGACAGGCGGUCCGAACAGUGGUUUGUCCGACGAUGAUAACUCGUACUUCCAAUGCCUCCGUGAUUACGUCACGGGUAAUGACGGCGAAUGGGCGCUUUGGGCUGUCCAGGGCUCGUAUUACGUACGCCAGGGUACCGUGGGUGCGGAUGAGGGAUGGGGUCUAUUGGAUACGGAUUGGAGUCAACUGAGGAACCCGAAUGUGACGGAUUUGUUGGCGCCGAUGUUUAAGGUCACUCAGGGACCUUGAUUGUGUUUGUAUAUAGAUGGAAAGGGGGUCGGAUUUGUAUAUAUGGGUACUGAUUUAGAGGGUUGAUACGAGGGCAUGUGGCAUAGGUCGAUGGUUUAUCGGAGGAGCGGACUAAUGAUGGGU